AUGAAGACCCAGUGACACUUCCAGGAAUAUGCUUUGACUCUCCAAGCAGAGAAAAAAACAACAGUGCCCGUUUUUCGUUUUAAAACGUUUUUCUCCUACGCCCCCCCUUCCCAUUUAGCCUGCUAGCUAGCUAGCCCGCUAGCUGCUAGCGUUGCACAGCACAGGUCUCCUCCUCCUCCUCCUCCUGACUGCUUCUCAUCUUUCCCCCAAGAACUGGGCGACAAGCGAGGAGAGGAUCUCGUCGACAAAGGCAAGAUAAAAAGAGGGUGAGCUCACUCCCAACAAACAGGCAUCCGUGAUCUGAUGUGAGAUCUACGGAGAGACUAUGCCUAGCCCUUUAUUCCACCCCGAGAUUAUGGACCACGACGUGGUAAUCAGUAGCCAGCACAACGGGGUCGGUCUGCCCCGGGAGACAGACCAGGAGUCCCGGGAAGAGGACCACCAAGAGGCGCUCCGCUUCGCCCUGGACCAGCUGUCACUCAUGGCCCUGGAGAAGGUGGACUGUGGGGGCGGCGGUGGUAGCGGAGGCGGCGGACUAGUCGACUCUCUGGACGGGACCCAGGGUCCCGGCUCUGAGGGCUGCAACGGUGUGGGCGGAGGAGGCUACGUGGAUCUCCAGAUGCUGGAGCAUCCCAACGGGUCCAGAGACUCGCCGACGUCCUGCUCUCCAUCCCCGGAGUACUACGGCUCGGGCGGGUACCACAUGGCCGGCUCGCACUCCAUGCUACACGGGGAACAAAGCUCCGUCCUCUGCAGCAGGAAAAGAAGUGUCAACAUGACUGAAUGUGUGCCCGUGCCCAGCUCUGAGCAUGUGGCCGAGAUCGUGGGGAGACAAGGUUGUAAGAUCAAGGCCUUACGUGCCAAAACAAACACCUACAUAAAGACUCCGGUCAGAGGCGAGGAGCCCGUGUUCAUCGUGACGGGACGCAGGGAGGAUGUGGAGAUGGCCAAACGGGAAAUAGUGUCUGCGGCCGAGCAUUUCUCUAUGAUCCGGGCGUCUCGCUGCAAAGCCGGAGCGCCCGGGGGAGGAGGAGGUUCUCUUCCCGGACCACCACACUUACCCGGACAGACCACCAUACAGGUGAGGGUGCCCUACAGAGUAGUUGGUUUAGUUGUUGGACCAAAGGGAGCAACUAUCAAGCGCAUCCAGCAGCAGACUCACACCUACAUUGUGACGCCCAGUCGAGAGAAAGACCCGGUGUUUGAAGUGACCGGCAUGCCGGAGAACGUGGACAGAGCGAGGGAGGAGAUCGAGACCCACAUCACCCUCCGAACUGGAACCUUUGUAGACCUGCAGGGAGACAAUGACUUCCACUCCAACGGCACUGAUGUCAGUCUAGAAGGCCUGGGCUCCCUGAGCGGAGGGCUGGGGGCAUCGCUGUGGUCCAGAGCUACGGGCCACCAUUCUGCCCCCCCUCCUCCUCCACCCUCCCCGCCUCCUCCUAUUCCCAUGUCCAUGCACCAUGCCUCCGGCCGGAAGAUGUCCUCCUCGGUCGCCUAUCACACGCACAACGGCGGGAUGAGCUCAGACAGCUUCAACGCCACUCGCAAGGCCAACGAGGGCGGCAGCCCCACUAGCCCCUUUAGCACAGGCUCCAGCAGUGCUGGAGGAGGAUUCACUUUCGGGGGCGACUCCACCCCGGGGCUGCCCUCCUCGGAGGAACUGGGUUUUGAGUUCAGUGCUUCCAACAUCUGGGCACCUUUCGUCAACGGUGGAACAGGCAAUAAGACAGCCGGCUCCUCCCAGCAGCAGCCUCUCCGUCGCAACAGCAGUGGCCUCAGCGGCGGAGCCAUCACUCCACGAUUGUCUCCGACUCUGCCUCAGGACACAGGCGUGGGCCCCCUGGAUCAUCCGUUAGCCCGUCGUGCCCAGAGCGACCCCCUCAGCACUCUAUCCUGGCUACAGUCCGGCAGCGCAGGAGGUGGCUCCUUCUCCGGAGCAUCAAGCUCCAGCUCCGGCGGCUCGUCGACCGGUUACUCCUCCUGCUCGGCCUCCUCCCUGCCCGGCGGCUCGCCCACUGACUCCGAGGGAGGCAGCAGCGGCGUGGGCCUCAGCUCCGGGAUGCUGAGCCGGCUGAAAGGCGGCUCCGGCCCCGGGGUCGCAGGUUUGGUCGGCGUCAGCCCCGGGAUCAACAGGGACUGCUUUGUGUGUUUCGAGAGUGAGGUGACCGCAGCGCUGGUGCCUUGUGGUCACAACCUGUUCUGCAUGGAGUGUGCCGGGCAAAUCUGCCAGUCAGCAGAGCCAGAGUGCCCCGUCUGCCACACCCCCACCACACAGUGCAUCCGCAUCUUCUCCUAAUGCCCCUGCAGGGGGUUGGGGGCUAGGGGGUUAAAUAUGAGGUGGGGCAGUAGGAAGACUGGAGUGGGGCACCAGCUGUGGCAGGAUUCACACUAAUAACCUUCACACACACACACACACACACACAAUGGACCAUAAUAAAUACAUUAAUAGAGAUGAUGAUACUAUACGGAUGUUGAUUUUAUUGCUGAUAACUGUCAAGAUUAAUAAUAACAAUAAUAAUAAUAAUGACAAUGACUUAUUUUCAGAGUGAAGUUAAUUGAAACUGGUCUGCAGGCAGUUGGGGCUCAGACAGUCUCUCGGUGGUGAACUUAUGGAAGGAAACUAGUGUCUUAUCUCUCUUCAGGCCUUCAUUUUGACCCGGAGCAGCCUGCGCUGCCGGCCGCCGGUCUGUCUCAACAUUUCUUCAUUCUGGCUUCUUCAGAUCUCUGCCUGCUUUCUCUCUCACAGCCUUUCCUUUUGACACUUUUGUACUUAACAGAUAUUUUUCGAUGAAGCUGUCAAUGAGGCCUGCACUUUUCUACUCCUUAUUUUAUUGUUCGUGACAGAACUGUUCCAACAGAUCCCUCGCUCGCCCUCCCCUCUGCUCUCACCCAUGCCGUUGUUGGUGACACAAAGCGGCGAGGUUGCUAUUUUUCUGUAAGUGCGUGGAACUUUUUUUAAAGGUGGGCGUGUAGUCAGGCACCGAGCGGAACAGCACACCCAAGGGACAUCCUAAGGAUGAAUUCUUGUUUCCCGUUUGCCACACAAAAAAUUAGCCAUCAGUGAUGCCAAAUGAAAGCUAUUAGUAAACGUCUCUUGAUCAGAUUCAGUAACCUGUCGGAUGAAUUUGGAUGAGUCUGCCCCACAUUUCAAAUGUGGCUGCUGCAUUGAUUCACAUUAAUUGUCCUUUAAUAGGUGAGAAAUGCACCAUUUUAGUGAUCCUGUAGGAAUGUGUCUGAGGUCAGUUUUCUGUACGUUUGGGCUGCCUGACAAUCCCUUUACAUCUCUCUCUCUCUUUCUCUCAAUCUCUCUCUCUCUCUCGCUCUCUCCUGUGUGUGUGUGGCCGCAUGUUUGUGUGACCUACUGGGGACUGUUCCUGGUAUAAAGUAUUAGUAACACCUACCUUGUCGGGACAAGAGGUCCUCAUGAGGACCAAAGCCUGGUCCUCUGAGGUAAAGGUUAGGGGUACAGUGUGAAUUGAGGUUAGGCUGUCCACAAUGAAUGGAACUCAAUGCAAUGUCAUAACAAGGAUUGCUACGCAAACUUGUGUGUGUGUGUGUGUGUGUGUGAAUAAUGCCCUCUCAUGGUGUGGGUUACAUCGGCAUCAUCAUGCAUCCUCACCAUGCGAAGGUCUGGUUUCUGUCCUGCCGCCCCUCCCCUCCCCUUCACCCUCACAGUCUUACAAUGAAGGCGAUGCUCCGAUCCAUCCACGCCGGGACGUUUUCCCCUCACACCCUCUCGUCUGUUACACUUAGAUCAGCUCAUUUUAGCAUUUUCUACUAGUUUUUGACUCUUGACUGUCGAGUGUGUGGCUAACAGACUUAUUUUGAAACUCUAGGAGAAGAUAGGGCUUUCCUGCUGUCACACAUGAAUGUUUUGUCCAAUAAGGUUCAGGAGAGACGGCUGCUCCUCCCACACGAAACAGUAACAAGGGGCUCGAUUGAACAAUUGUUUUCCCCCCAUGCACUGUAACUCCCUGCCCCUCUAAAAAGGAAAAAAAAAAAAAAGCAACAGCUCUUACUGUUUUU